AUGUUUGUCAAAUCCAUCAGUAUCACGGCCAUUGCCGCCGCCAUCUUCGCCGCUCAAGCCGCCCAAGCCACGGCCGGAAUUUGGGAUUCCCUCAGCUGCACUGAAGUCUCCUUUGAGACCCUGUUUGCCGUCAAGAACGCAGACAACACCGUUGUUGGCCCCAAGGGUCUCUACGCCACUACUACCGACAACCAAUGCGUCUAUGUGGAUGGCUCUGCUGGAGGCGCCUUUGCGACUGAUCACCCUUCUGACCAUGCGUGGUUCAUUAGCGUCGCUAAGGCCUCUGGUGCCGGUGGUAUCGACUUUCUGUCUCCCAAUCUCCCUCGAGGGCUGGAGACGCGCCAAGCCAGCUGCGGCCAGAUUUGUGAUUCCAGUCUGGGAUCGCCAAGGACUUGCAACUCCUGCAGCUGCCGAUACGAUUACACCACUUGCGGCACCGGUGGCUUCUGCACUUCCUUCUACAGAUGCAAGUAA